AUGACGGAGCGGCCGCCACAGCUGUCGCACUUGCGCGACGAUGCGACAACAGCCGGGGCAGGAAGUGGGAGCGGGAGCGGGAGUCUAAGUGGGAGUGCGAUCCAAGACUUAGCUGUCGACGUCGAGCAGACUGGGAGGCCUAGGACAGCGACCACCACCGCCGAGAUCGACAGCACCAUAAUACACCCCGGCAGCGUUAAGAUCAAUGUCAAGGGCGCCUUCAUCGUGGAACAGGACUCGGCGACCCCAGUGGCUCAGAGCUUCAAUGGCGGGAGGGGGUCGCCCGAUCACCACCAGACCAAGGACAUCAGGCUGCCCAACCACACUGCCGUCGUGAGCCACAUAGCCGUCGAUAUCGGCGGCUCCCUGGCCAAGCUAGUCUACUUCUCGCGCGAGGGCUUCUCCACAGAGCCCGGCGGCCGCCUUAACUUCAGCAUAUUCGAGACCGACAGGAUAGACGACUGCAUCGCUUUCAUGAGGCACCUGAAGGAGAACCAACAGACACUCAAUGGCUCCAAUCCCGGUCAGCUGACAGUCAUGGCCACCGGCGGCGGCGCCUACAAGUACUACGACAAGAUCCGUGACGUGCUGGGCGUCGACGUUAUACGGGAGGAGGAGAUGGAGUGUCUGAUAAUCGGCCUGGACUUCUUCAUCACCGAGAUCCCACGUGAGGUCUUCACCUAUAGCGAGACCGACCCUAUGCACUUUGCGAGCCCCGAGGAGAACAUGUACCCCUACCUGCUGGUCAACAUCGGUUCCGGAGUGUCCAUGCUCAAGGUCUCCGGCCCACGGGAGUACCAGCGUGUAGGCGGCACGAGCCUUGGCGGCGGUACCCUUUGGGGUCUGCUGAGCCUGCUCACCGGUGCGAGGACUUUUGACGAGAUGCUGCACAAUGCCGCGCUCGGCGACAAUUCCCACGUUGACAUGCUGGUGGGCGAUAUCUACGGGACGGACUACGGCAAGAUCGGCCUGAAGAGCACGACUAUUGCGAGCUCGUUCGGGAAGGUGUUCAGGAUGAAGCGGGAGGCUGAGAGCGAGGCGGAGGACAUGGGCGGCCUUAGCAACGGAGAUAAAGACCACGCUCUUCACGAGCAACGACAACAGAGCCAACAACAGAACCACCACCAACAACAACCACCAGCAUCAUCAUCUGGUACAGGGGCCUCAGCCCCCGCACCCGCACCCGCAGAUACCUCGCGCUUCUCCUCGGCCGACGUAUCCCGCUCGCUUCUCUACGCAAUCUCGAACAACAUCGGCCAACUAGCCUUCCUACAGUCGCAGGUCCACGGCCUCGAGCGUAUCUACUUCGGCGGCUCCUUCAUCCGCGGCCACCCGCAGACCAUGAACACGUUGUCGUACGCCAUCAAGUUCUGGUCUAAGGGCGCCAAGCAGGCCUACUUCCUGCGCCAUGAGGGCUACCUGGGCGCGGUGGGCGCCUUCCUCAAGAGGCAGCCGCGCAACUGGGGCCGCAGGGGCAGCUUCGAGGAAGGCGGGAGCGGGAGCCUGGGCCUGGAGAGCAGGAUGAAGGGCCGCGCCGACGACAGCAUUGAGACGCCGCAGCCGGUCAUGGAGUACCCCGGGACUGCGGCAGCAUUUGCAUAUCCUGGCACGUUGUCGUAG